GCUGGUUAACUGCACUCCCCUACGCCCUCGGCUCCAUCCUCGACCUCCCGCAUCCCUAACCACCGGUGGCUGCCCUCGUCAUCCUAGUCAGUCAGUAUGAAGCUCUCCGCAAUCCUCGCCCUAGCAGCCGCCCAUGGCGUGGCCGCUGCGCCGGCCAAGGGCGUCGAGGCCCGCGCCCAGGUCGACGGUGCCGCGCCGCAUGUCGACGACCCCAAGUUUAUCGGCAUCGUCAUGGACGCCCACUGGUUCUGGCGCAAAGUCCACUGCGCCCAGGACCUGGUGUGGAAUGCGACGUUGGCCCAGGAGGCCCUUGAAUCCGUUAGUGUCUGCACCCACGGCUUGCAGCACGACCGUGGUGGUAGUAAUCUCUCUGGCGUCGGGCCGUCGCCCGGAAACUACGACGCGUGGAUCGAGUUCGCCCGCAACUCUAUUCACGGCUGGCACGAAGAAGAGCGAUUGUACCCCUACUCGCAGCCCCACUACAACGAUGCGUGGGGCCACUUCUCUCAGAUGGUGUGGCGGGACAGCUCGCAGAUCGGCUGCGCUCUUGGGCACUGCAAGGACAGUGGCGACGGCGCGGUUCAAUGGCCAGGCCGCAUAUACUGCUUCUACUUGAGAGCCGGAAACAAUUUCGCCGGGAACCAGUUCGAGCUGAACGUCUUCCGUCCAGUCUGCGCACCCCCAUCUCGUCAAGAGAUGGAGCGCCGAUACGGCUACUAGAGCACCACACCAGUCCUCUCCUGUCAACUCACGGAGCACCUCCAUCGCGAGCUGCUCGAACGAUGACUCGGGGCCAACGGCGGGUCCAUUAAACUAGACGACGGCAUGCCCUGCAGGUGGAUGUCUCUCAUUUGCGGAGCCCUGUUCUAUCCUUCCACAGGAUAUCUUCUUUUCCUUCUUCUUCUUCCUCUCCCUGUGCUUC